UUCUGAAGCUCCAUCACGGCUCUCCUUUGCGGGCACCCCGUCUGCAAUUUGCCAGCCAACGCUCUUGUCUUCAGCACCUGUCUGACAUGCACGGUGGGUGAGCAUGUCGGAUCACCGAGGCUCAUUAUAAUCGCUGCAUGCCCAAUUCAGUGCUGAUCGCGCGCCUAGUACUUAUAGAUACCCUUUUUAUGACCUUUUAAUUGCCAUAAUGGAUAACGAAGACGGACCCAACUUCUCAUACGCGUAUGGCGGUGCUCCUGCGACUACGGCAGCCGCCUCAUGGAAUCCCGCAUUGCGCCACGAAAAGGAGGGGGGCCCACCAGCCCGCGCACAGCCCCCCGCAAAGGCACCUGAAUCAUCGGAGGACGAAGAUGACGAAGAUGACGAUGAGGAAGACGAGGAAGACGAUGAGGACGAUGAGGACGAGGACGAAGAGGACGAAGAUGAGGAUGACGAGGACGAAGACGAGGAAGAGAGCGAAGAAGAAGAGUCCCAGCCAUCAUCUGCAGUACCCGCGGCACCCACACCUACAAAAGGGGGCACAUAUUUCGAAGGACACAAAGCUGGCAGCAAUUCACUUGCUCGCAUCGAUACUGCCAAAGAUCCGCAAAGCGCACAAGGACCUGUACCAGCCCAAACAGGUACACGCGGAGUUGGCGGUACCAAUGAAGACGCUUUGGCAAGCGCUACCCAGGCGCUCAAUAUCAAGGAUCAGACAGAACCACAAGCGAAACCCGAGUCGAGUGAAGACGAAUCUGACGAGGCGAGCGACGAGGAAAGUUCGGAAGACGAGGAAGAGGCGGAGGCAGCAUCUGAGGAGCGGCCCGCGGAGAACUAUGAACAUCAAGGGGAGACAACAGCUCUGGAAGAGGCUAUGGGCGAGAGCGUCAAGGUGCCCUUGGUAGCUGAUACCGAGGCCGCGACCCAUGAUUGGGGACCUUCGGAUGAGAACUUUGUUCUCGGUGGCCAGUCACAAGAAACGCCACUGGAGACACCUAAUGCUGACGCUGGCGGAACAACUGUUGGAGACAAUGUCAUUGGAAACACCAAUGUUGGCGGACAUGUCGGGGACGAUAUCGACUGGGGCAAUGGAGAGCAACAAGAAGACUUCUUCGGAGGCAUCGCAAGCCAGACACCCGAAUCUGCACAGCCUACAGGUGAGAGUCCGGGGGCGCAUGCGGUGGUUUCAGAAACUCCGUCUAUCACGAAGAACGAAUGGGAUCUUGACCUUGAUCUGGACGAUGAAUUCUUGCCCGAUGCAGAAGAUGCCCCAGUCUUCGAAUUGAGCGACGAUGACGGCUUUCUGGAGGAGGAGUCUGCCCCUCCUGUGCAGCAGAUACAGCCCACUUCAGGAUCAACAUCUGCGGGUCUUUAUGCACCUCAGACUGCGCAAGGCGCGCCUGCAUUUACACCGGCUACGAAUCAAUAUACCCCUCAAAACCCGCAGUUGGCCAAUCUGCCUCAGGAUACUCUACAGCGGCCGGCAGCUACCCCGAUCUAUAACGGCUUUGGUCAAAACUUGUCGUAUCAACAACAACAGUCGAGUCGACCUGCCAUGCCAAGCUCGGCACAGAGCUUUGCGGACAAGUCUAAAGGCGGAUAUCAUUCACCCUACGAUCUUCCCGACGAUAUUGUAACAACACGAAAGCGCACAGCCCCUCGAGCGUCAAUCCCAGCUGUACAACCAACCCUGCCUCCGCCACGGAGUAGCAGCAUCUCCUCGAAUGCUGGGCCUCCACGCCCCAUCCCAAUGUCGAGCAUGUCAACAACGAGUUUGUCCCCGCCGUCUUCGGGACAUUCCAUGCAGGCGCAGAUGACAGGACUAACACCAAAUGUCCCAUCGAAACCCGCACCGCUAACGAAGACAAGUUCGAGCGACUUCUUUGCUGAAUUACCAGUGACCUCGAAGCCGAGGCCUUCCGGCCGCUACUCUCCCCAGCCGAACGCACCCACUCACCUAUCAGGCUUGCAUGCUCCUCCACAAUUUCCCCUUAAAGAGCGCACAGCAUCCUGGUCGUCUCUCAGGAACGAGAUUCUUCCCGAUUCUACCACCGGUCCGCCCCCGCUUAGACAGCCAGAGCAACUGCCUAUGUUUCCCAAUCAGCCAUCUGUACCCACACGAACAAAUAGUCUCCCUGUGCCUCAGCCUGCACCGUUACCUCCUUCAAACAGAUACUCUCCUGCGCCACCGCCUUCCGCCCCAUCUGCUGAUGCACGAUAUUCUCCUGCGCCACCAAGCGCUCCAACAGCGAAUGCGAGAUAUUCGCCAGCACCUCCAUCGGGUUCUCCAGGACAGACACAUACUCGCUAUGCGUCUGAACCGCCUGCUACGCUGAACCGGACACCCUCUCAACCAUUUGCACCUCGUACUUCAAGUCCCCUAGCGUUUCACAGCGUUCCACUUCAGCAAGAACCGCCUCCGGGUCACUAUAUCUCCCAGUCGGUCGAUGGCGUGCUUCGUCCCCCGUUCAGAAGUCCAUUAGAGGGUGUCAGCGAAACCGAGGAACAGGGGACAAAUUUGAGCUCAAGGCCGCCUACGGCUGGGAGAUCCGAAACUCCGCCUCUACGAAGUUCUCCAUCAUCGAUGGUUGGCUCACCAAGAAAGAUGGGAUCUUACACCCCGCAGUAUCACCCGUCAAAUGCGGUACCGCCUCCGCGAUCUCAGUCACAAUCUCCAUCAGCGAUCAUGAAACAGCCUGUGCGAAGCCUCUCAACCAAUGAGCAGCUUGGAUCUGCCUACGGUAUCAUGUCGCCUCCAUCAGCUUAUUACGGUGUACAAGCCAGUGCCUCUAGCCCAGCGAAUAGGAUUCCUCACCGGCGACAAGCGUCACUCAACUACCAAGCUAUUGUCCCAGAAGAUGAGCGUGCAGCAGAUCCACUUCAGCGAUGGCAAGGUUAUCCAAUCUUCACAUGGGGCAUAGGUGGCACUAUGGUGACUAGUUUUCCGAAGCAGAUCCCUCGAUAUGGUGGUGGUGCUUCAGCGCCAAUGAUGAAGUGCAGCCCUGGCGAGAUCCGUAUCCAAAACGUCAAACAAGCUUUCCCUCUGCCAGAAGACAUUGUCACGUUCCCGGGUCCACUCAAGACUAAAAGCAAAAAGAAGGACGUGACCGCAUGGCUAGGCCGCAAGAUUGACGCUCUGGAAAUCCAAGCAAAGGAACCUGGGUUGGAGCAUUUGAUGGCUCAGGAUGACCUUAAGCGUCUUGAAGAUAGGACACUUCUCUGGAAGCUUUUGCAGAUCUUAGUAGAGCACGACGGCAAACUUGAAGAGGAUGCUGCCGGGGUUGCGGUUCGGAAGCUACUGGCACCCGAUGGCACAAACGCAUCAGAUGCAGACAACUCGUUCUCCACUGCAGCAGACAUUGUUGGACGGUCAAGGUCUAAUACGUCGAAUUUCCACGCUGAACCUGUCGAUCCGCGAGCUGUCGAGGACCUACAGAGCAUGCUCACGAAAGGCGAUCGAGAGAAAGCAGUUUGGCAUGCUGUCGACCAGCGACUUUGGGGCCACGCUAUGCUUCUAUCUUCCACCUUAAGCAAGGAUAUCUGGAAGCAAGUCGUACAGGAGUUUGUGCGCAAGGAAGUCAAGAAGGUUGGACGCAAUAAUCAAGCGUUGGCAGUGCUGUACGAAGUCUUUGCAGGUAACCAUGAGGAUUGUAUUGAUGAGCUCGUUCCAGUAUCAGCUCGCGCUGGCUUCCAGAUGGUAAGCGCCGAUGGUGUUGGAGCAACCCAAGACGCUCUGCAAGGCUUAGACAAGUGGCGCGAGACAGUUGCCUUGAUCUUGAGCAAUCGUAGUGAAGGCGACGUGUCGGCAUUGCUAUCGCUCGGAAGGCUCCUAUCGCAGUACGGCCGAGUUGAAGCUGCGCACACCUGCUUCAUAUUUGCUCGCUCCGUGCUACUCGUAAGCGGAGUCGACGACUCUCAAGCCGACCUUGUUCUUAUUAGUGCCGACCAUCGCAAAAACCCGUUGGAGCUUGGCAUCGACCUUGAACCGAUCUUGCUGACUGAGAUUUACGAGUUUGCAUUGUCGCUCUCUACGCCAGGCACCUCACAUGUCAUUCCUCACCUUCAAAAUUAUAAGCUUACGCAUGCGUAUCAGCUGGCUGAAUACGGACACCGGACAGAGGCACAGGCAUAUUGCCAUGCCAUCGCAGCGGUUAUGAAAAGCACCACCAGACCCUCGCCUUACUACAACGCAAGCUUCCUUGCUAGCUUAGACGAUCUAACCAGUCGCCUCUCGCAGUCCCCCAAGGAUGGUUCAUCAUGGAUCUCGAAGCCCAGCAUGGACAAAGUCAGCAGCUCGCUGCUGUCGAAGUUCAAUAGCUUCAUCGCAGGAGACGAUGACGAUGCAGCUUCAAAACCGUCUGCAAACGGGGAGGUUGGACCUUUCGCUAAUAUCGCUGGCAACAGUCCGUCCCUUACGCCCUCACAGUCAAGCACGGAUCUUUUUGGCACGUACCCUGCUUAUGGCGCACCGGUUCAACCGCCUGCUUCUGCAAACUCAAGAUAUGCCCCGUCGAACGUAUACUCACCGAGGACAUCAUCGGAGCAGCAACGGCCACGCUACGAGCCUCAAGGUCGGCCUUCUCUAGACUCUGCCGAUGGCUCGGCCAUGCGGGCCGUGUCUGAGAGCUACAUGCCUAUGACCCCAACCACAGGGCUAUAUAGCCCGUCACAAGCUCAAUUUAGCCCGUCACAAACUCAGUUGAGCCCGCCGAGACAGAUCAAAUCGCAGUCAUAUUCUCCACUUCGAGCAGAGCAAACCGCCUCUCAGCCUUCUCAUCGCAGCCCUUACUUACCAACCCCACCUGUGGAAGAGUCAAGUUCUGCUCCAACGUUCGGCGGUUAUCAGCCUCCUCAAGCGAGCUUCGACGAGCCGCCACCGCUUGCAAAUAAUGAGCAGUCAUACGGAGGAUAUGAAGCACCAUCAAGCACUUUUGACACUCCAUCAUACCAGCCGUACAAUCCCGAUGAGGAGGACAAACAAGAAGAUCAACCUCGAAAGAAGUCAUUCAUGGAUGAUGACGAUGAUGAUGACCUCGCUACCCGCGCUGCGGCCCUCAAAAUCAGCGGCGGUGGCAAAUCAGAAUCAGACAAAAAGGCCGACGAAGCUUUCCGUAAGGCCGCCGAAGCAGAUGCAGAGCGUGACAAAGACACAAAGAAAGCUGGUUGGUUCGGCGGCUGGUUCAAGAAAGACCAAAAUGCUGCUCCGGGGCCUAUCCGGGCGAAGCUAGGAGAGGAAAACAGCUUUGUGUAUGAUCCUGAGCUAAAGAAGUGGGUCAAUAAGAAGGGAGGAAGUACAGAUACCGGGAAAUCUGCUGCUACGCCGCCACCACCACGAGGCGGGCCACCUGCUGGGAGGAGCACGAGUGGAGGUGUGGCGCCGCCCAUGGGGCCCCCUCAGGGAGGACUGGUGAGACCACCGACGAGUAAUCCUGGGCCUCAAAGAAGUUCGUCGAUGCCACCGCCUAUGGCUAUCCCGGGAUCACGAGCCUCAACACCUGGCAUUCCAACAGAAAUUCCGUCCGACAAUGAGGGCCCCAAGGCACCCACGCUAGCGCGACCUUCAUUUGGUGCUGCGUCUGGGCCGCCAAGUAGACCGGGGACGGGUAUGAGCACUGCGAGUAGUAUUGAUGAUUUGCUGGGUGCGCCUCAGGCGAGGAAGGGGCCGGCGGGUGCAAAGAGAAAGAAGAGUUCACGGUAUAUCGAUGUUAUGGCGAAGUAAGGCUGAACUUCGCCGCUGGAGGAAGUUGUUGUGCAUGGCAAUGGCGUUUAUAUGGGUGGUGGUGGCCUGCAAAAGAAACAGUUUACGCGGCUGUCCUAGAAUUAGAUACGCAUAAGCGAGUGUUGACGCUCAUGAUCUUGUGUAAUACAAGUUCUGGUUUUAAUUAUCAUCAUAUUUUACUUUAUCAACAUGUCUCUGGAGGUUAGCUAUUCUUUCUAGAC